UGAUAAUUAACGCAAUAGGUUUAUUCAAUGAAUGAUACAUACUUGCAAUAUAUGAUAGAUAUAAAGAAAAAAAUUAAAAGAAAAGGACAUCGUACACAACAGCAGUACGAGAAGAAAAAAGUUAAGAAAAAGGCUCCUUGCGGAUAGAAGUAUUACACAAAAUAAAUACACCUGAUAAAUCAGACCGACAGCGUGGCAAAAGUGUGGAGUUGGGCGUUACUAUGACGACCAGGAAACCAUGGUGCUUUCAAAUACACAACAAAGAAAUCAAGGACUAUCGACGUCACGCACGUGUACGUGUUCACACAUGACUUACCAAAGAAGAAGAAAGCUUCUUCUUAGCAUUCCACUUCCUCCAACUUCCUUAGCCUGAGUAAAUGCUGAAUAAAAAAAAUGGAGUCCAAACAACAAGAGGACCUUCCAGCGUCUGAAGUUAUCCCUCUCGCCUUGCCCAAAGGAACAGAAAAGUUGUGUGAGCUGUGUCAAAAACGAGCUUACUUACAGUGCGCCAGGUGCCGGGUGACCUUUUACUGUGAUACAGAACACCAGCAAUUUGACUGGAAAGGAAUCCAUGAGAGGAUUUGCCAGUUGCUCAUUCCCAUUCGCACCCCAUCGCUCUUUAGUAUGCAGCGGGCCGGCCGCAUCGAAAACAUACUGAAAACGAAAGAGCUGAUUGAAAUCUGCAGGUUGGUUGCAGAGAGCAAGCUCUCUGAGGGCAAGCAUCAGGAGGCUGUGCCCGCCGCCCAGGCCUGUCUCCGCUGUUCCGUAGACGUGUACGGACCCAACACGGUCCAACUGGUGCCCGCUUAUGUGUUGCUGGCUGAUGCCAACAUGGGCAUGGGUAAUGUGGCUCUGGUGGUGGAGCUUCUGUCACAAGCAGAAUGGGCGGUGCUGAAGAGUCCUGAAUGUGGAAAUGAUGUCCACCACCGGCUGCACAGGAGCAUGGGCUGCCUCCACACUGCAACUGAAAAUUUUCAAACAGCUCUUUUUCACUUUGCAAACGAUAUAUAUUUUGCCAGCGAGGAGUAUGGCCUGGAAAGCACCGUGACAUGUGGAGGUUACUUCCACAUGGCGAAAGUAUUUGCCAAACAGGGAAAGCUCUCUGUUGUUCGUUCCUUGUACAAAGAGGUGGCAGAGACCUGGCACACUCAUCUCGGCAAACUCCUCGGCGAGCACAUCCAAAACAAAAAAAAGAACCAAAGCAUGUUGGCGCCUUCCUUUGAUAAAGGGCAGCGAGUGGAGGUGGACAAGAUGCUGACAACCAUUUUGGACUUCGAGCAAGACGACUCCAGAAGAGAACCGGCCCAGAUCGCCCUGGUGGCUCACGCCCUGGCCAUGCUCUCCUUUCUCGGAGGGGACGCCUCCAAGGCACUGGGAUUUGGACGCACGGCACUGCAAGCCAGCCAGAUGAUACCAAACCAUGACCUGACGGAGCCCAUCCGGGCCUUGUUGCAGCUGGUGAACACAGCUCCACAGUCCACUCCUGGAUAGGCGCCACACCCAGCGCUCACACAAACCAACACAAGCUUCCUUCACUUCAGCCAUUCAGCGGCCACUGAAUUUAUAUUUGUACAAAAGAAAAGUUUAUAACAUUACGGACUGGACUUGUUUUUGUCACAGUGCCUGCAUGAGCAAACCCAGCAUUAAAUUCCCCCCCAAAAUGCGAGCGUCCUCCACUAAUAUGGAGAAGCUAAAUAUUAAAUAUAUGGAAAACACUUCAUCAAACUCACCAUCAAAACCUUCUUAAAUAAGAUUUUAGUAUUAUUUAAGUGUAAAACUAAGCGAACCACUUUAUAUCAUAAAAGUAGAUGAGGACUGACAACAUUGUCAAAGGAAAACUGCUCCUUUCGGGGGGAAUUUUGGUGCAAAAACGUGGCCAGCAUUCCAUGCAGAUCAUAGUGGAUACACUUUCUGUUAGUUAUGACCGACAUAUUGUAUUUCCUUGAAUUUCCACCAGGGCGCUAAUUAAUUUAAAACCUCUUCUCACUCCUGCGCUUACCAAAGGCAUGCGGUAAAAGUAAGUAUGCGCUAAUUCAUUUAAAACCUCAUCUCACUCCGGCACUUACCAAAGGUAUGCAGUAAAAAUUUGAGUGUGAUGUAAGCUUGGACCUUAAAUCCUACUGAAUAGCUCUUAAUCUUCUUCCCUUUAUGCGAUUUCAAAUUACCGGUAUUGAAAUCAGCCUCCUCCAUUUUGAAAAUGAUGACAGGGGAAGUGUCACUCGUGACGUCACGAGUUUGACCAGGCGGUAACACUAAGCAUGCGCUAAUUAUUUUGCGAAGCGAGUUUAACCCGGCAGUAAUUUCAGGCAGGCGCAUACUAUAUGCCCUGCGGCAAUUCAAGGAAAUCCAGUAUGUAAAAAUGAAUGUAACUCUUUUUUGUUGUUGUUGUUUUUAUUCAGUGACACUUCUCUGUAGGUUUGUCUUUUUUUGUGUUUGUUACUUUUUUUUUCUUUUAGUCAAUUCGUCUGAUUCUCUAUCUGCUUGUGGUGAAGAGGAAGGCAGUACAUUGCUACCCACUGGGGG